AUGGCCAGCUAUGAAGCCAACAACCGCAGGCUUGCUUGGGAUGUUAGGAGCAUAAAGGUUCUGGGUCACCCGCAUCUUCAAGUAGGUGUCUGUCGUUUAGGUUUUCAGAGCUUAGGAGAGCGAAAGUUUUGGGACGCCACUGUCAGUCAAUUUCUUUAUCUGCGAUUUGAAUAUACGUCGAACCACAACGGAAUGACCGCACAAUACUUUGAGUACAAGCAUGAGUUGCCGACCUCGACAGAGAAGGCCCUUGCAGUGAAUGCCAAACCUGCGGCAGCCUCCCUCUUCUCCAGUGCCUCGCGCGCCACCACCCUUCUCGACCCUGACAACUUCCGCGCCGGCACAAUCCUGCAUAUUUCGGCUCGUGGAAUUGGCGUGCUCCGAUUCCCAGGCCCUUGCUCAGAGCUCAAAACUCAAGUCUUCCAUGAUGAUGGGAGUUUGGCAUAUACCUCGACGAAAGCAAAGCGAUGUUCAGGGGAUGCAGUGCUCAACCAUCCAAAGCUAGGCGACUUGAUAAGCACGUCAUACUUCUUUGGUCCCAGGCGCGGACCUGAAUUGAGGUUCAUUCAAGGUCAAGCGGGGAUAGGCGGCGACUCUGUCAAAAUAAAAGUUUGUGGAAAGCUGGGUUCUCGGUCCACAAGCUUCACCGCUCCAGACGGGCGUACAUUUGAAUGGAGCUACACACAUAUAAAGGAUACCUUGGGCAAGAAAGUCAAUAUCAUUGCACUGCGCCAAAAGGAAGCAGGAACCAUUCUGGCGCAGUUGGUCAGAUCGGACGGUACACGGACCGAGGGUACUUCCAAAUGCACUGCUGGGAAUGGCGGGCAACUCAUACUGGAGCAGGAAGCGACAAGCCAGCUAGAUGAGGCCAUGAUCGUGGCCACAUGCUUGGUGAUUUUGAAGAAAGAGAUUGAUCGGAGGCGAUGCUUGCAGAUGAUAGUGCUCGCGGGGGUUGCUUAG